CUUCCCCCGCCCCCGCAGUCUCUCUCUCUCUCUCUCCCCCUCUCCUUCCCCCAACCCUCCCUCCCUCCUCCCCCCUCUCUCUGUCUCCCUCCCUCUCUCUGUCUCCCUCCCUCUCUCUCUCUCCCGCCGCGCCCGCCUCCCGCCCGCCCUCGCUCUCUCCACUCCUCUCCCCUCCCCUCCCCGGCACUGCAGCACUAGCAGUCUGCAGCUCCGGCCGCCACUUGCGCCUCUCCAGCCUCCGCAGGCCCAACCGCCGCCAGCACCAUGGCCAGCACCAUUUCGGCCUACAAGGAGAAGAUGAAGGAGCUGUCGGUGCUGUCGCUCAUCUGCUCCUGCUUCUACACACAGCCGCACCCCAACACCAUCUACCAGUACGGGGACAUGGAGGUGAAGCAGCUGGACAAGCGGGCCUCUGGCCAGAGCUUCGAGGUCAUCCUCAAGUCCCCUUCUGACCUGUCCCCAGAGAGCCCUAUGCUCUCCUCCCCACCCAAGAAGAAGGACACCUCCCUGGAGGAGCUGCAAAAGCGGCUGGAGGCAGCCGAGGAGCGGAGGAAGGCAAGGAGUCCUCCACUCCCCCCCCACAGGAGUUUCAACGGAGGCGGCCCACGGGGACAGGGCCUGCAAGACGCAGGGUGCUCCCAGGCGGGCUUGACGCAGGAGGCGCAGGUGCUGAAGCAGCUGGCGGAGCGGCGCGAGCACGAGCGCGAGGUGCUGCACAAAGCGCUGGAGGAGAAUAACAACUUCAGCCGCCAGGCGGAGGAGAAGCUCAACUACAAGAUGGAGCUCAGCAAGGAGAUCCGCGAGGCGCACCUCGCCGCACUGCGCGAGCGGCUGCGCGAGAAGGAGCUGCACGCGGCCGAAGUGCGCAGGAACAAGGAGCAGCGAGAGGAGAUGUCGGGCUAAGGGCCCCGGACGGGCGGCGCCCAUCCUGCGACAGAACACGUUCGGGUUUUGGUUUUGUUUCGUUCACCUCUGUCUAGAUGCAACUUUUGUUCCUCCUCCCCCGCCCCCGCCCCCAGCUUCAUGCUUCUCUUCUGCACUCAGCCGCCCUGCCCUGUCCUCGUGGUGAGUCGCUGACCACGGCUUCCCCUGCAGGAGCCGCCAGGCGUGAGACGCGGUCCCUCGGUGCAGACACCAGGCCGGGCGCGGCUGGGUCCCCCGGGGGCCCUGUGAGAGAGGUGGUGGUGACCCUGGUAAACCCAGGGCGGUGGCGUGGGAUCGCAGGUCCUUAUGCUGGGCUGUCUGGUCAGCACGUGCAGGUCAGGGCAGGUCCUCUGAGCCAGCGCCCCUGGCCAACAGGCGAGGCUACAGUACCUGCUGUCUUUCCAGGGGGAAGGGGCUCCCCAUGAGGGAGGGGCGACGGGGGAGGGGGGUGAUGGUGCCUGGGAGCCUGCGUGUGCAGCCGGAGCUUGUUGAACUGGCAGGUGGGUGGGUGGGGGCUGCAGCUCUCCUUAAUGUGGUUGCACAGGGGUCCUCUGAGACCACCUGGCCUGAAGUGGACACCCUGGGCUUUCCUGGAAGCCUGCAGUUGGGGGCCUGUCCUGAGUCUGCUGGGGAGUGAGCAUUCUCUGCCAGGGACCCAUGAGCAGGCUGCCGUGGUCUAGAGGUUGUGGGCAGCAUGGACAGUCCCCCACUCAGAAGUGCAAGAGUUCCAAAGAGCCUCUAGCCCAGGUGCCUCCGUGGGACAGCCCCGCCGCCCCUCCCCACCAGGGUUUUGCAGAUGUCCUUGAAAGACCCACCCUAGAGCCCUUUGGAGUGCUGGCCCCUCCUGUGCCCUCUGCCUUGGUGGAAGUGGCAGCCACAAGUCUUCCUCAGGGAGCCCCAAGGGGGAUUUUGUGGGGCUGCUGCCCACAGAUUCAGGUGUUGGAAGGGCAGCGGGUAAGGUUCCCAAGCCAGCCCCCACACCCUUCCCACUUGGCACCCAGAGGGGUCUGUGGGUCGAGGCCUGACUCCAGGCCUCUCCUGCCCACACCCUCUGGGCUGGGUUCCUUCUCUCCCUUGGAUGCCCAGUGCUGGCCUUGGAGGACGGCCAACUGGAGGACGGCGGUGGGGGAGGCUGUCUUUGUACCACUGCAGCAUCCCCCACUUCUCCACGGAAGCCCUAUCCCAAAGCUGCUGCCCGGUCCCUUGCUGUAAAAUGUGAAGGGGGCGGCUGAGUUCUCUUAGGACCCAGAGCCAGGGCCCUCAGCUUCCAUCCUGCGGGAGGCCUUGGCCGGGCACUGCCAGUGUCUUCCAGAGCCACACCAGGGACCACGGGAGGAUCCUGACCCCUGCAGGGCUCAGGGGUCAGCAGGGACCCAUUGCCCCAUCUCCCUCUCCCCACCAAGACAGCCCCAGAGGGAGCAGCCAGCUGGGAUGGGAACCCAAGGCUGCCCACAUGUGGCUUUUGUGGGACUCAGAAAGGGAAGCAGAACUGAGGGCUGGGAUACUCCUCACGGUGGCAGCUCUCAUAGCGAAAGCCUAGUGUAAUAUGCACCCAUCUCAUCCACGUAGUAAAGUGAACUUAAAAAUUAAAUCAAAUGAACAAUUAAAUAAACACCUGUGUGUUUAAGACAU